AGUGGUUAAAUCCAUAUCUUCAAAAGAGAAAUAAUAGGUGUGGGUGGGAAACAGAUCAAUAUUAAAGUCCUUUUUUAAUAUUAAUCUCCAGCUUCACUCCCACAUUCUUUAUUCAUAUCGCCACCAACUGGUCGGGGCUGGUAAAAGGUGGAGAUUUAUAGAAAAAAAGGACAUACAUUUUUAUUUGUUCCACACCUAUCCUAUUACUUCAGAAGACAUGGAUUUAACCACAGAAGUCUUACAGAUUACUUUUAUUCUGACUUUGUUUUGUUUACUGGAGAUUCAGAGGAUGGAGAUUCAGAGGAUGGACCUACAGAGCGAGAUUUUUGGGUGAACUAUCCCUUUAAUGACAGUCCAGAUUUCUCUUUAUGACCCAGAGCACAUCACAAUCUCCUGAGAGAACAUGACUGAUGCUUUCUGUAGCAACAGUGAGGCAGCUCUCCAACGCUCUGUGAACGUGUCCACCAUUGCAACAGGAAGCCAUUGUGGAAAUUUGGUGGAGCUGUAUCAGAUAACUGAGACUUGUCAUUUUGUCACUAGUAACAAAUUCAAGAAGGUAGCCUUGCAGUUUCCAGAUGAACUCCUGCCUGUUGCUGUUUCCGUCUCUGUGGAAAUAGAGAAAGAAACCAAAGCAAAGACAUUCAUUUUAGGAGAUACGUCAUAUGGCAGCUGUUGUGUGGAUGAAGUAGCAGCAGAACAUGUUGGAGCAGACUGUAUAAUACACUAUGGGCCAUCUUGUCUUAGCCCAUGUAGUCGACUGCCCCUACUGUAUGUGUUUGGGAAGAGACCAAUUGAAAUCCAGCAGUGUGCUACAGCCUUUAAAGAGCUCUACCCUGACAGCCAAAGUCAUGUCAUCAUCGUGUACGAUGUCACCUAUUCACAUGCUAUAGGUGAUCUCAGGAAGCUCUUGCAAGAUAUCUACCCCAAUAUUGUGGUCUCUGUUCUAAAAGCAAAUGGUGCUGAACUGGUUCAGGACAGUCAUAACUUGGAUUUACAGGAUGAUAGAGUCAUUAUUAAAUUUGGUAGACAGUUUUGUGUAAACGAGGGACAGAGCAUUGAUGAUUACAGUAUGUUCUACAUUGGCAAGGAGGGCCUGACUCUUACAAACUUCAUGAUGACCUGGAACCAUUGCGUCUUCAGCUCAUUCAAUCCAGAAACAUCCACAGGCCAAAUUGAAUCUAUUAAUAUCAACAAAGUACUAAGGAAACGCUAUUAUGCCAUUGAGCGGGCCAAGGAUGCCGGUGUGGUGGGCAUUUUGGUGGGCACACUGGGUGUUUCUAACUACCUGACCAUCAUUGAGCAGCUGAAAGACAUAAUUCACAAAGCAGGCAAGAAGAGCUAUAUGUUCGCCAUGGGAAAGAUCAAUGUUCCCAAGCUGGCAAACUUCUUGGAAAUCGAUGUUUACGUGCUAGUUGCCUGCCCAGAGAACUCGCUGCUCGAUUCAAGUGAAUUUUACAGACCUGUGGUGACUCCCUUUGAGAUGGAGUUGGCUUGCAAUAAGCACAGGGCGUGGACUGGAGAAUAUGUCACGGAUUUCAGAGAUUUACUGCCUGGUGGGAGCAGCCAUGUGGACAUCCCAGAACAAAACCAGUCAACCAAUGAGGAGACCACAGAUGUAUCACUUAUCACAGGAGCUCUGCGAACUUCUUGUUUCACCAAUUCGUCAGAGAUAAAAAAUGACACAUCAGAUUCUUCCUCACUUGUACUCCGGAAUCAAAGUCUCACUGUAGCCAAUGCUAACAAUGCAGCAUCAUUUUUGGCUGGCCGUAGUUGGCAGGGACUGGAGCCCAAACUGGGGCAGACGCCUAUAGUGAAAGCUGUGGAGGGACGGAGAGGCAUUGCAAUAGCUUAUGAGGAGGAGGGUGUGGGCAAUGGAGACUCUUCAACAACACCUCUCUAUAAAUCAUGACCCUCAUUU